AUGGCGAAGUGCAGGAUCUGCCGCCAAUACUGGAGACACCUUGCCAAGCACCACGGCUACGCAGAUCCAAGCCGCCGUAGCGCACCCAGUCAUCAUCGCCGGCCCUCGUCUUCUUCUACGGCAAUGACCCAAUCUCACGCGCGGGACGAACCCCGUCGACAAGCGCCGUUUUCUUCUUCCUCAACGACGGCCACCGAUUCCGAAUCCCAACAGGGUGAAGAAUACGAACAUCUGGAGUACAUCAUUCGAGGACCACCCCCUAAUAUCCAAUACUGCGGAGAGCUUGAAAAGUACUGUCACUGGGGAAAUGAAGUGAAGCUCUAUCGGCACCAUGUGGACAAGUUGUAUGCAAUAUUCCCCCGCAAAAUACCAGAUAUCAAAUACUAUGUCUGCACCGUCAACAAAACAUUCACACAGCAAGGCCAACGGAUGUAUUUUCCAGUCCACUACACCAAAGAAAACCUCAAAAAGUACAUUAAGCCAGAUGAUGACAUGCUCAAGGUCAAGCUCGCAAACAGCAGUCUGCACACCAAUUGUCGUAUCAUGCUGGGAACAGACAAGAGAGCAACAAUAACCAGAAACUGGUCAGAGUUCCGCCGCUGUGCAAGCAUCCAUGAAGGAGAUAUAUGCACCUUCCAUUUCAACCUUACCGCAGAGCACUGCCUGACUCUCAUCAUCCAUGUGCUCUAA